AUGGGAUCUUGUGCUCAAAUAUCUGGGACUCAUUGCAUUGAAAUGAACAAGUUUAGUGGUUUGAGUUGUAAUGAUGGAUCUCACCCACCUAUAUUACCAAAGACUUCAUCGACCGACUCACAACCUGUGAAGAAAACCAGAGGACGCAAGCCUCUAAAUCGUGGGAAUGAAGUUGAUAAAAAUCGUCAACGGAAACCAAGAAAAAAACAAGAAGUUGAAACUCCAUCUAAAGAAGAUCAGUCUGACGCUACACCCGAUCCAUCUGUUUUCAUAACUCCGGCAACAAAGCGUCCAAGAGGUCGUGCUGCGAAGAAGUUUAAGUUGGAGGCUGAAGUUGUCACUAAUCUAACUCUAGAUCCGUUCGCGAUUGAGAACAUGAAUGAAAAUCCUGACACGAAGGCUGAAAAAUCUCUUUCAGACUGUAAAAGGCGCCGAACUUCAGUCUGUCCGGUUGAAAUACGACAGAAGAGAAAGCCGUUGCCUACAUUGAUUAAACGGAAAAAGCGCUCAGCGUUUUAUGGAGAUGAUUCAGGAUCUGAGCCUGAAACACUUAAUCGUGCUGGAUGUCGAGCAUCUGAAAUUCGAUUGGAGUCUGAAGGAGCUAAUAACUUGAGUUAUAAGCGUCGUUCUGAGCGUCACACUGGUGAUCGAAAAAGCUAUACCGAUGAUUUGGAGCUUAAUCUGACUGAUGAUGAAGUUGAUGUUCGGAAUGGUGAAGUGAUCACUUUGAAUGAUUCUGCUGAUGUUGCUGAGGGUAUUGACAAUAAGAUUGUCGAGUCUGUACUUGGUCGUCGAAUCACAAAACGACUGGUUAAAAAGAUUACUCAAACUGAGAUCAAAUCUCCGAAUGAUAUUUCAGACAAAGGAUUUCAGAAUUCUGUAAAUGCUUCAGGCGAGAAAUCUCAAAUCACAGUGAUGGAAGAGGAGGGAGAGGAAGAGGUUGAAGAAUUUUAUUUAAAAUACAAGUCCUAUUCUUAUCUUCACUGUGAAUGGCGGGCUUUAGAUGAAAUUAGUGAUCCACGCAUCCUUCCAAAAAUAAGACGGUUCGAAAUAAGACAAGCCAACUCCAUACGCACUGAGGAUGAUGAUGUUGUAUUGUUUAACCCAGAUUAUGUGGAGGUUGAACGUGUCCUAGAUGUCAAAGUUUACAACAAUGGCCAGUUGGUGACAACAGAAAACAGUGGACAUUCGUUGGAUUUUAAAAUGCACAGUAAACGACCCAGGGAACGCAACAAAAUCCUCAGCGUUCGUGAGACAAAAUGUAAAAUUAAGAAUGAGGUUGGAUGUGACGAUGUGAUUACUACCUUGACAACAAAUACACAAGAAUCUAUCUCUGAAAUUCACUCAACAACACCACUUACUGAUGACUUCAAUGACAGUGAAAAUAACUCGCAUUGUCCUCAUUCGGCCAAUGCAGAUGAUAAGAAUACAUAUAGCAUUCACAAAACAGAUCCCGAAGUAGAUAUGAAAUCCAAAGAUAUUGUUUGUACCAGUCCUGUUGAACGAUCAUCAUGUCAAAAUGAAGAAAAAGAUGAAUUUGGAGACAUAAACGACCCAACUACCUCUCCAACCUUUAAAGAAUUUGAAAUAGGUGACAGUCAGUUGGAAUCAAGUGCAAUGACAGAUAACAAGACGGAAAAAGAUGAUGAGGUCGAUGAUAAGGAUGAUGAUGAUGACACUUCCUCGCCUGUUAAUGUGACAUAUUAUCUAGUUAAAUGGCGUUCACUAGCCUAUGAAGAUGCGACCUGGGAAUUGUCACAGGAUGUUGAUCCAGCAAAAGUUAAGGAGUUUUACAAACGGCGUUAUCCACCGAAGAAUCCUGUCAUUCCACGAGACCAUGAUUACAAGAUUAUUCGACCUGAUCCUUCUACUUGGAAGCCAAUCGACUCUAGUACAAUCUAUAAAAACAAUAACAAAUUACGAGAUUAUCAAGUAGAAGGUGUUAACUGGCUAACAUUCUGUUGGUAUCAUCAUCGUAACUGUAUUCUCGCAGAUGAGAUGGGACUGGGCAAAACAGUUCAGAGUGUAACUUUUCUAUUGGAAAUAUUUAAAGCUGAUGUACAAGGACCUUUUCUAGUCAUAGUUCCUUUGUCAACUGUUGGAAAUUGGCAACGUGAAUUUGAAAAUUGCUGCUGUAAUCGACGAAGCUCAUCGGUUGAAAACAAAAAGUGCAAACUUGGUGAAGGCUUGAGAUAUUUAGAUUUGGACCAUCGUGUUUUACUGACUGGAACUCCAUUACAAAAUAAUGUUGAGGAAUUGUUUGGACUAUUAAAUUUUCUGGAACCUGAGAAAUUUAAUUGUUCGACCACAUUCGUCGCUGAAUAUGGUGAACUAAAAACAGAAGAACAAGUUGAACGCCUAAAGACAGUGCUAAAACCUAUGAUGCUUCGUCGAUUAAAAGAAGACGUAGAAAAGAGUUUAGCUCCUAAAGAAGAAACAGUUGUUGAGGUGGAGUUGACCAAUAUUCAGAAGAAAUACUAUAGAGCAAUUAUGGAACGUAAUUUCUCAUUUCUGUGCAAAGGUUCAACUACGAAUGCACCCAACCUAAUGAAUAUAAUGAUGGAAUUGCGAAAAUGUUGUAAUCACCCAUUUCUAAUUAAAGGUGCUGAAGAUGCUAUUCUCUCUGAAGCCCAGUCGAACGAUGAUACUCUUAAUGAAGAUGAACUGGCCUUCCAAACUAUGGUUUAUGCUUCGGGCAAGUUGGUUUUAAUUCAUAAAUUGUUACCGAAACUGCGUGCUGAUGGUCAUAAAGUACUCAUCUUUUCACAAAUGAUUCGUGUACUUGAUAUUCUUGAAGAUUAUCUUGUUCAUCAAGGAUUUCAGUUUGAACGUAUUGAUGGGCGAAUUCAUGGGCCAUUGCGUCAGGAAGCUAUAGAUAGAUUUAGUGUUGAUCCAGAUAAAUUUGUCUUUCUUCUAUGUACCAAGGCUGGUGGCCUAGGGAUUAAUCUAACUGCAGCAGAUGUAGUGAUUAUCUAUGAUUCAGAUUGGAAUCCUCAAAAUGAUCUUCAAGCUCAAGCACGUUGUCAUCGCAUUGGACAACAAAAAAUGGUUAAAGUUUACCGUUUGAUUACUCGUAAUACGUAUGAACGCGAAAUGUUCGACCGAGCAUCGCUUAAGUUGGGUUUGGAUAGAGCGGUGCUACAGUCUAUGGGCAGCAAAGAGGCUAGACAGGCACAGAUGUCUAAAAAGGAGAUUGAAGAUCUUUUAAAAAAAGGAGCUUAUGGAGCUUUGAUGGAUGACGAUAAAGCUGGUGAAGAUUUCUGCGAAGAGGAUAUUGAUCAAAUACUUCAAUCACGAGCUCGUGUUGUUCAGCUGGAACAAGGGAAAGAAAAUUCUACAUUUUCUAAGGCGACAUUUUCUAUGUCAGAUAACAGAAGUGAUAUUGCAUUGGACGAUCCUAACUUCUGGCAAAAAUGGGCCAAAAAGGCUGGCGUGGAUGAGACAGCAUUAGCCAUGAAAGAUCUGAUAGUCCAAACUCCACGUCAGCGUCGUCAAACUAGCCGUUAUUCAUCAAUGGUCGUCAAUGAACCACCUAAUAUUCCAAGUCCAGCAAGCUUUAACAUGUCCGACUUUGAAGACAAUGCGAAUUCAAACAGCUCUGGUGAUGAAACCGUUAUUCAAUCUUCAUCAGGUAGAUGUCGCUCUCGUCGUAAUCGAAAAAAUGCUCGACUUUCGCGAAAGUCACAGAAUACAGUCGUCAAGCAAGAUAAGUUGCUUGUUGUAAAGGAGUGUGAUGCAAAUGCAGGAAAUGACCUAAAUUUGAUAGAACCACUUGAUCGAGCUGAUUUAUUUCGAGUAGAGCCUGUUUCUUUCAAACGAAGUAUGCAACCGUCUGAUCUAGCCUAUUUUUCUUGUGCUCUAUUGGACUACAUCCUGCGUUGUCUACCAUCAAACUCAGAUAUUCGUACACGUGCCAUAUGUGAAACUCUCGCUCGUCCUGGUACCUGGAAACUUGACAUUCAUCAGGUCAACAUUGCUGUAUCAGAAGCCUCUGCUAAAAUUAAGUGCAUACCACCGUCUGUACCUGUUAACAUGGAAAGUGAGAAUUUUGAUGGUCAAGCACCAAUUCUUGAUCAAAACAUUAAUGAAUUGUCCGAAGUGAAGAAGAAUGAUGAUGCUGUCCUGCUUUCAGAUGCAGUAAUUGACGUCAAAAGUUGUAUAGACUCUCCUGUUCCCAGCGAAUAUAAUGCAACGGGAAGUCCAGUAUCGGUUGUUACUGCUCCAACUGAUGCAUCAAAUACUUCAGUAACAAAGUUAGCAUCAGCCGAUACAGAGAAUAUACAUAAUAAGAUUGAAUCCAUACCCGAUAUGCCAUCAGAACCGCUUGAAGUAAUUGGAAAGGAUGAUAUUCUUGACAAAGAUGAAGAUGAUGUCGAUGAAGAGACACACGUCAAGACAGAAGAAACUCAAAUGUCUCCCAGACUUGCCGCCUUCAAACCUGAACUUCUUCAACCGAAUGAGAGCUUCAAGAAACACGUUCAAAGGGCUGGUGCCCGACUUUUGAAUCGUGUUGCUCUUCUUUUCUUUCUACAGUGUGAGAUAAUUGGCAUAAAAUCUGCUCAAGACUUGAUAGCAUCUCGUUUGAGCCAUACUGACUUCCCUGAAUUGGCUUUGAGUUUACCUCCAUUGGAAGUGCUCGAUUCAGAUUUGCCCGCUCUAUGGUGGGAUAAAUGCUGUGAUAAAUGUUUGCUGUUAGGCAUCAUGAAACAUGGGUGGGAAAAGUACACAGCAAUGCGUUUAGAUCCUAAACUCUGUUUCCGCCUUCGUGCCAUUGAAGUAAUUCAAUCUCAGUGUUCAAACAUACCGAAUGUUUCGAAUGAUCAUCUUCAGGAAAAUAAAGAAGUGACCGAAAGUUCGGAGGAUAAUCCGGAGAUUAAAAUAGUGGACUGUACUCGGAAGAAGAAUACUGAUGAAUGCGAAUUGGAAGACAUUCAGUCUGUCGCCAAAUCUACUUCACUUCCUCCUGAAACUUCCGCACAGAAUACUGGAACAACUGUGAAUGAAGUAGAAAGUUCAAGUGUGGAGGAUGAUAAUUCAGCUAGCUUUUCGAACAAUAUUUGUGAACCGCUCAAAAAAGAUGCAUCAUCUGUUCUUGAUGUUGGCAGUGUUUCAGAUGAUGUUCUACUGAGUCUUCCUUUCCCACAAGUCGCAGAUUUAAAUUCUCGAGCUAGGAAGCUGGUGGGUUAUUUCCAACGGAUCAAAAAUCAACUUGGGUCUGACGCCUCUCGAUGUUUACCUAAAGUUGACGUGGAAGAGGCCGUAACAUGUCUUCCUUUUACUCGGUUGGCAGAAGCGAAAGUUCUAAAAUGGACACGUCGAGAAGAAGCGGAUUUCUAUCGUGUAGUAUCAAGCUUUGGUGUGGAAUUCACUGAAAUAACACCUGAUACUGCGUCUAAUGUUGAUGGAAACGGUGACGGUGACCAACAAGACGAAAAACCUAACCUAGUAAUUGAUGUCGACAAUACAGAACGAAGCUCCACAAGUCACUGCCAAGGAAAUACAACUGGAUUAAUUUUAGACAACUUGCUAACCUAA